AUGCGCAUAACUUAUUGUCAAACGGUGGAUGGCUUGGACUUUGGGUUACAUGGAAAAGUUUUAAACACUAUUGGCAGGAUAUAUUUACCCAUCUCUCUUUUGUCUGCAGGAGGCUGUUCCUUUGACGAGCACUACAGCAACUGUGGUUAUAGUGUGGCGCUGGGGACCAAUGGAUUCACCUGGGAGCAGAUUAACACAUGGGAGAAGCCAAUGCUGGACCCAGCAGUGCCCACAGGAUCCUUCAUGAUGGUAAACAGCUCUGGAAGGGCCUCUGGACAGAAGGCCCACCUUCUUCUGCCCACCUUGAAGGAGAACGAUACCCACUGCAUUGACUUCCAUUACUACUUCUCCAGUCGUGAUCGCUCCAGCCCGGGGGCCUUGAAUGUCUACGUGAAGGUCAAUGGCGGACCCCAGGGAAACCCUGUCUGGAACGUGUCUGGCGUAGUCACCGAGGGCUGGGUGAAAGCGGAACUUGCCAUUAGCACCUUCUGGCCACAUUACUACCAGGUGAUUUUUGAAUCCGUCUCUUUGAAGGGUCAUCCUGGCUACAUCGCAGUGGACGAGGUCCGAGUCCUUGCUCAUCCAUGCAGAAAAGCACCUCAUUUUCUGCGACUCCAAAACGUCGAGGUGAACGUGGGGCAGAAUGCUACGUUUCAGUGCAUCGCUGGUGGGAAGUGGUCUCAGCAUGACAAACUUUGGCUCCAGCAAUGGAAUGGCAGAGAUACGGCCCUCAUGGUCACUCGGGUGGUCAACCACAGGCGUUUCUCAGCCACGGUCAGCGUGGCAGACACUGCCCAGCGCAGUGUCAGCAAAUAUCGCUGUGUGAUCCGCUCAGAUGGUGGAUCUGGUGUUUCCAACUAUGCGGAGCUGAUUGUAAAAGAGCCUCCCACGCCCAUUGCGCCCCCAGAGCUGCUGGCUGUGGGGGCCACCUACCUGUGGAUCAAGCCAAAUGCCAACUCCAUCAUUGGGGAUGGACCCAUCAUCCUGAAGGAGGUGGAAUACCGCACCACCACAGGCACCUGGGCUGAGACCCACAUUGUCGACUCUCCCAACUACAAGCUGUGGCAUCUGGACCCUGAUGUGGAGUAUGAGAUACGGGUACUACUCACAAGACCAGGCGAAGGGGGGACAGGACCUCCAGGGCCUCCCCUCACCACCAGGACAAAGUGUGCUGACCCUGUUCAUGGCCCACAGAACGUGGAGAUUGUGGACAUCCGGGCCCGGCAGCUGACUCUGCAGUGGGAGCCCUUUGGCUAUGCGGUGACCCGCUGCCACAGCUAUAACCUCACAGUACAGUACCAGUAUGUGUUCAACCAGCAGCAGUAUGAAGCUGAGGAGGUCAUCCAGACCUCUUCCCACUACACCCUGCGGGGCCUGCGCCCCUUCAUGACCAUCAGGCUGCGGCUGCUUCUCUCCAACCCUGAGGGACGGAUGGAGAGUGAGGAGCUGGUGGUGCAGACUGAAGAAGAUGUUCCUGGAGCUGUUCCUCUUGAAUCCAUCCAAGGAGGACCCUUUGAAGAGAAGAUCUAUAUCCAGUGGAAACCUCCCAAUGAAACUAAUGGUGUUAUCACACUCUAUGAGAUCAACUACAAAGCUGUUGGCUCCCUGGACCCAAGUGCCGAUCUUUCUAGCCAGAGAGGGAAAGUGUUCAAGCUCCGGAAUGAAACUCACCACCUGUUUGUGGGUCUGUACCCAGGAACCACCUAUUCUUUCACUAUCAAGGCCAGCACAGCCAAGGGCUUUGGACCUCCAGUCACCACUCGGAUUGCUACUAAAAUUUCAGCUCCUUCGAUGCCUGAAUAUGACACAGACACCCCACUGAACGAAACGGACACAACCAUCACCGUGAUGCUGAAACCCGCCCAGUCUCGGGGAGCCCCUGUCAGUGUUUAUCAGCUGGUUGUUAAGGAGGAGCGACUUCAGAAAUCACGAAGGGCAGCUGACAUCAUCGAGUGCUUCUCAGUACCUGUGAGCUACAGGAAUGCCUCUAACCUGGAUUCUUUACACUACUUUGCUGCUGAGUUGAAGCCCUCCAACCUGCCUGUCACCCAGCCAUUUACAGUGGGUGACAACAAGACAUACAACGGCUACUGGAAUCCUCCUCUCUCCCCGCUGAAAAGCUACAGCAUCUAUUUCCAGGCACUCAGCAAAGCAAAUGGAGAGACCAAAAUCAACUGUAUUCGUCUGGCUACAAAAGGGGCCUCUACCCAGAACUCUAACACCAUGGAGCCUGAAAAGCAGGUGGACAGCACUGUGAAGAUGGCCGGUGUGAUUGCUGGCCUCCUCAUGUUCAUCAUCAUUCUCCUGGGUGUGAUGCUCACCAUCAAAAGGAGAAGAAAUGCUUAUUCCUACUCCUAUUACUUGAAGCUGGCCAAGAAGCAGAAAGAGACACAGAGCGGAGCCCAAAGGGAGAUGGGACCUGUGGCCUCGGCUGACAAACCCACCACCAAGCUCAGCUCCAGCCGCAACGAUGAAGGCUUCUCCUCUAGCUCCCAGGAUGUUAAUGGAUUUACGGAUGGCAGCCGUGGGGAGCUAUCCCAGCCCACCCUCACGAUCCAGACUCAUCCCUACCGGACCUGUGACCCCGUGGAGAUGAGCUACCCCCGAGACCAGUUCCAACCCGCCAUCCGGGUGGCCGACCUAUUACAGCACAUCACCCAGAUGAAGAGAGGACAGGGCUAUGGGUUCAAGGAGGAAUACGAGGCCUUACCAGAGGGGCAGACUGCUUCAUGGGACACAGCCAAGGAAGAUGAAAAUCGCAAUAAGAAUCGAUAUGGGAACAUCAUAUCCUAUGACCAUUCCCGAGUGAGGCUGCUGGUGCUGGAUGGAGACCCACACUCAGACUAUAUCAACGCCAACUACAUUGAUGGGUACCAUCGACCACGACACUACAUUGCAACCCAAGGUCCAAUGCAAGAGACAGUAAAGGACUUUUGGAGAAUGAUCUGGCAGGAGAACUCAGCCAGCAUCGUCAUGGUCACAAACCUCGUGGAAGUAGGCAGGCACCCAGCGGAACACACUGUGGGAAAUGCCACGCUAGGCCGUGCGGCGUCCCCCGGAAUGGUGAAGUGUGUGCGAUACUGGCCAGAUGAUACAGAAGUCUAUGGAGACAUUAAAGUCACCCUGAUUGAAACAGAGCCCCUAGCAGAAUAUGUCAUUCGUACCUUCACAGUCCAGAAGAAAGGCUACCAUGAGAUCCGGGAACUCCGCCUCUUCCAUUUCACCAGCUGGCCUGACCAUGGCGUCCCCUGCUAUGCCACUGGCCUCCUAGGCUUCGUCCGUCAGGUCAAGUUCCUCAAUCCCCCUGAAGCUGGGCCUAUAGUGGUGCACUGCAGUGCUGGAGCUGGGAGGACUGGCUGUUUCAUUGCCAUUGAUACCAUGCUUGACAUGGCUGAGAACGAAGGGGUGGUGGACAUCUUCAACUGCGUACGUGAGCUGCGGGCACAGAGGGUCAAUUUGGUGCAGACAGAGGAGCAGUACGUGUUUGUGCACGAUGCCAUCCUGGAAGCAUGCCUCUGCGGCAAUACGGCCAUCCCCGUGUGUGAGUUCCGCUCUCUUUACUACAACAUCAGUAGGCUGGACCCACAGACGAACUCCAGCCAGAUCAAAGAUGAAUUUCAGACACUCAACAUUGUGACACCCCGUGUCCGGCCUGAGGACUGCAGCAUCGGGCUCCUGCCCCGGAACCAUGAUAAGAACCGGAGCAUGGAUGUCCUGCCUCUAGACCGCUGCCUGCCCUUCCUCAUCUCAGUGGAUGGAGAAUCCAGCAACUAUAUCAAUGCAGCACUGAUGGAUAGCCACAAGCAACCUGCCGCCUUUGUGGUCACCCAGCACCCUCUCCCCAACACUGUGGCAGACUUCUGGAGGUUGGUGUUCGAUUAUAACUGCUCCUCUGUGGUGAUGCUGAAUGAGAUGGACACUGCUCAGCUCUGCAUGCAGUACUGGCCUGAGAAGACAUCUGGGUGCUACGGGCCCAUCCAGGUGGAGUUCGUCUCAGCAGACAUCGACGAGGACAUCAUCCACAGAAUAUUCCGCAUCUGCAACAUGGCUCGGCCCCAGGAUGGAUAUCGUAUAGUGCAGCACCUCCAGUACAUCGGCUGGCCUGCCUACCGGGACACGCCUCCCUCCAAGCGCUCUCUGCUCAAAGUGGUCCGGAGGCUGGAGAAGUGGCAAGAGCAGUAUGAUGGGAGGGAGGGGCGCACUGUAGUCCACUGCCUAAACGGGGGAGGCCGCAGUGGGACCUUCUGUGCCAUCUGCAGCGUGUGUGAGAUGAUCCAGCAGCAAAAUAUCAUCGACGUGUUCCACAUCGUGAAAACACUGCGGAAUAACAAGUCCAACAUGGUGGAGACCCUGGAACAGUAUAAAUUUGUAUACGAGGUGGCACUGGAAUAUUUAAACUCCUUUUAGCCCAACGGGAUGGAGAAACAUGCCAGAGUUCAGAGGCUGUUGUGGCCACACGUCUUUUUCUCUGAAUAGCUGUGACUGGGCUCAGGGACUCAGAGAUGGUCCCCCUGCCUAACUUGAAAAGAAGACUUGUGGUUCUGUGUUCCGUGGUGGGCUCUGCACCUUCUGAGAGGCCUCCUGUAGAUGUGGGAGAUGCUUCACUCACAAGCCCAGGUUCCCUUCCAUACUCGACCAGCCACAACCUUGGGGCCACACAGAAGAGCACCCACAAACAAAGCCCGGGACUUGUGGUUUCCAGAGUUCUUGCUUUUGUUCUUCCUGAGUUUGUGAAUCUCAUGGCACGCCAGCUAUGCAGGUGCUGGGGAGUGAGUGGCCAGCCAGCACCGCUUUCCCUCCUUCUCUUGGGAGUGUUGAAAAUAUGAAUUCUACUCUUCCAUGCAGUUGUAAGAAUGGGGAUUUGGAAGUCACUGCUCUGAUGCCCCUUGUAAUCUCCUUCAGAGGUCUCUGAAACCAGACACCUGCUCAUCUGGAUCAGGGCAGCCUCAGAAUGGACCCUAGACAACAGCAGAGGCUCCUCUUCAACCUCACACCUAACCUGCAUGGGGCUCGGCCCACUACCAUUCUGUACCCCUUCCCCAGCCCAAACUUUGACUGUCUGUCAUUCACUGACCAGCAGCUCUGCCCACAGCGCAAUUCCAUAAAAGAUUUUCUUUCCCUUUUUGUGGUCUCUGGGAGGGGCUGGGACUGGGGAAUGUUGUUGCUCUUCCUUUCCUUUGUAAAAGGGACCGGCCUAGUGCGGGGCUCUCACUGGCUUGUACAAUGUAACCCUUAUGUCUCCUUGGUGGUAGCUUCCUCUGGAAGGGAUGAAGAAAAUAAGAGUUGAUUAUUUUCCCAAGUGUAUGUGCAAAGAAAUUUGUCUUUUGAGGGUGUAAAAUCUUAGUCUCUUAUGUCAAAAAGGUAAGGUGAGAGUUUGAAUGUGUAGUUCUGAGACAAAUCUUUUGAGCCUAUUGUAGUAUCUGGUUAUGUCCUUGAAAGGGUCCCACCUGGGAGAGUACAGCCAAUUGAGCAAGGGAGGGACAAACUAGUCCAAAAAUGGUCCCUGGUUUCUGGGACAUAGCACUAGCUUUGAGCACAAUUUGGAUCUCAAAAUUGAGCUUCUUCCCAGAGAAAGCUAGCCUCUGUCUUGCAAAAGGCCAUUGUGGAUCUAGCCAUGCUUUGGUUUAAAAUAGCUCAAAGGGAUUAGGCCUGGAACUCUGGGUCUUGCCCAAAUACGAGUGAGUCUAGGAGAGGGAGCAGCAUCUGCUAAGUAUCUCCGCUAUGCCAGGCGCCACGCUUGGCACCUUCCACGUGAUGUCACAUGUAGUCUCAAUACCCGCAACAGGGAGCUCUGUUCAUCUCCAUUUUGCAUUUGUGGAAAUGGAGGAACCUUUCUAAAUGAUGGAAUCCCAGGCUCCAAAAAGGCAGACAAAGAUGACAGAACUUUUUCUGAACUGUUUUCUUCAUACUUUCUUCAUACAAGCAAUUAUUUAACAGAGGAGAAAUAAGGCUAGGAAUUUAUGACUAGAGAACUUUGUGGAUGGAAACUUAGUUUUCUUUCUCCAGUUCUUCUGGGAGGCCCAAAUUUUCAGAUAUAUUUUAGUAACACUUUCCCUGUUACCCUGGAAAGCUAGUUUCAUCUAAUUUCUUCUUUCAGUGAGAAACAAUUCUUCUACUCCCUCAGGCUAUGAGUGAGCCAGCCAGGGACACUCUCUACCUUGGUCUCUAGCCAGUGCUUAGGUAUAGUGUCUGACAGACUGAGGUGUCCUGGGAUCUAAGAAGUGCCAUCUUGUAGGCUGGUCUAACCCUGAACAGGGUAUGAACAACACCAAAUUCAAUAAGGCAUAGUUUGUGUCCUUACGGGCUCACUGUUGUACUGGAGAAAUUGAACCACAAUGCAAUAGCAGAGGGGAUGCGAGUGUUACAUGGACCUAUGUACAAGAGAGCCUCACUCUGCCUAGGGCCCCCUAAAGGAAGUAGCAUUCAUUCCAGCUGGGUCUCAGCAGGUACAAAAAGGAAGGAAAGGAAAUUCCAGCCAGUGGGUCAGUAUGUGCAAUGGCAAAGAGGUAUCAGGAAGGACAGACAAUAGGAGGUCAGGCCAGCAGGAGCGUAGCAGGACAGAGGGAAUGGCAGGAAGUAAGCUAGGUCAGGAAGACAAGUGCCCCACAGAGAGUGCAGAUGUUGUCCUGUGGUCAACAGCAAGCCAGCAGAGCUUCACGGUGACAUGCUCACCCCAGUGCUGAAGAGGCCAGUGGGGCUGCCUCUUCUCCUUUCAUCAGACACUGUGAAAACAUCCCUUUAUGCGUGUUAUUUUUUUUUAAUAUUGUAUCUGUUUGUCUUUUUGCUCAUUAUUUUGUGGCUGGAACAAAAUACACAGUGGAUCAUGAGCUGUUGUUCCUGUAAGAGACCCGGGAUCUCUGCUUGACCACAGAGCAAGGUCAGCAAGCCAGGCCUCCGAGCACACUGAGAUGGAACAUGAAAGCAGCUCGUGAAAGCCGCCUCUGUUGGUGUAGGCUCUGGAGCUGUCCAGAUGUCAGGGACACCAGACUUGAUCAAGGCAGGGCUGUCACUUGGGAAGUUCAAAAGGAAGUCUCAAAGCAAAGACAGGCAAAAGACCCCUGGGACUAACUUGCUCUUCCCCUUUGAUGGGCCUCUUCCCAGAUGUAUUUGAGCAGGUCCCUGGAGCCCAACUCUACUGGUCCUGCUGGCUUUCUCUGGCUCCGCCCACUGCCCCAUUGGCCUUCCCAGCCGCAAGGAGUCCACAGCAUGGUAUAUCAGCCUGUCGUCUCCUAUUUCCUGAGAUCUUGGCUCAUGCAGACAGGCUAAUACAGGGCUAUUUAACACAGAUGCUUGGAUUUGUUCUGCUCAUGAAAGGGUGAAAUAGAUGCCAGAUAAAAAUGAGAGGGGCCUCCAUCACGGAAAAUGGUGGAAAUUUAAAGUUGGCUUCAAGGAGAAGGAAACUUACAAAAAUUCAGGCCAUGGUGGCUUAACCCAGCAAGGCCAGCUUGUUCCCUCAUGUUGUCACAAUUCAACCACUCUCCAAACAAGUCAGGGUAGUAAGCUGGUCUUAGCCUUGUGUAUGCAAAAGGAACUUAGGUUUAAGGAUAGAGUUGACUUGUCUAAGUUCCCACAGGAAGGCUAUAAGGCAGGGCUUGGAUGAGGGCAAGUAACAGUACCCAGUAUUUAGACUUAAUAACUUGUCCAUGAAAUCUCUCAAAUGAAAUACAUCUCCAGAUAUGUUCUCUCCUCUCAUUAGUAACAAGGUAGGCUCACUCUUCUAUGAGCAUAGAAAAAUAGUAUUAACACUCUCCACAACAGAAGUGCAUUCAUUUACGAGGUACUGAAGAGUGCCCUCCCUUAGCAAAGAUCUUCCUGUGGAACCCCAUCUGGAAACGAUGCAAGGAAUUAAUAAGAAGCCAGAAAUUGUCCCCGCCUUAUGUGUGUUUAUGGCCUAGAU